AUGAUAAAGCAAUCCCCUGAUUCAAUUAAUUUUGAAAUGAAUGAAUAAAUGUCUGUUUUCAAUUAUGCAAAUAAAAUGAAAGAAAAGCAAAAGUAAUAAAUUUUAGAAAAGUUACUCAAUUAUAAUAUAAAUACGUUGAAUAAAGUAUUUUUUAAACUAUGUGUAGGGAUUUCAAAAUUUUAAGUUAAAUGCACCUAAAACUAUACCAUUUAAAAAGUUAGUCGACUGUUAGAAUUUAGAUAUAAGAGAUGAUAUUAUUGGAUUUAAAACAAUUGCAGAGGGCAAACGUAUUAGGCUAAUACUCACUAUUUAGUAGCUAUCGUGAUCAGUUCUUAACAAAAUACUGGGUUUUUAGAUAUUUAGUUACCAUCAAAAAAAUGUUUAUUUCAAUUGUAUUUUGAAAGAAUUCAAAGCUUAUAAAAUCUUACCAAAAAUAUAUAAGGAAAUUGCAUACCAAUUCUAAUUUUUAUUAUGACAACAAAUUUCAAUCAUGAUAUUAUAACUUCUAACUUAUAAAACUCUAAUUAUUAUGGGCUAGAAGAACAUUAAAUUUAUUUCUUCUAACAAGAUUGCUUACCUCUUUUAAGUAUUGAUGGGUAAAUUCUUUUUAGAAAUGAAAACUAAAUUUAUGAAGAACAUAUAGGAAAUGGAUAAAUUUAUUUAAAUAAAUAAAUAUUGGAAACAAUGAAAUUACUUGGCAUAACGAUUCUAUAAUUAUGUUCAAUUGAAAAUAUCUUAUGUAAAUUUGGAGAUCCUUUUUGGCUCGGUGCAUUUACAAGAUUAUAACUAGAUUUAAGUUUCAAAUGCACUUAAAAAAGAAAUUCUGAGGAAAAACUAUUAAUUGUUGUCGAAAAUGAUUAGUCUUAAUUACGUUUAAUUGGUAAUAAUUAUUUAUAUUUAGAAAAUAAUGAGAUUUCAAUUAAGUAAGUUUCAAAUUCAUAUGGACUUAUAGGAUAGGUUUUAUGUUCUCUUGAUUAUGCUUUAGAUUUGUGCAAAAAUUAUAAAUCUUAAAUGCAAACUAAGUAUUAUUUUAAUAUACCGAAGUCUUCCUAUGAGAUAAAAGAAAUGUACUUAUUUUGAUUACAAAUUAAAUCAACUCAUUUAACCUAAACUUGCAACUUCAAAUGCUCUUAAAUUUGAAAUCACUUAUUAUGACUCUUUACCAUAUUGUUCAAUUCAUAAAUUUGGAUUAUUCAAUGUACAAAGAGAUGAUGAAUAUGCUCCGAUUAUAAACAAUUUAAAUGAUACUAAAGAUACAGCAUAAACAGCACGAAAUGCUUAUUUAUAAAGAGAUUUAAAAUGGAUUACAUAAUUGGGAAUCAAUAUAAAUCUAGAAAUAGAAAUAUCACCAAAGUUAACUUAUUUUGGUGAGGGAUUGCAUGAAAUAUUACAAACAAUUAAUAUUCAGAAAGCAAAUAAAAAAAAUCAAUUAAUAUUAGAUUAGGAUAGCAAACAAGUUAAAAUGUUAAGAGUCUACAGUGAUCACAAUUAAGUAUAAAAAAAUAAUUAUUCCAAAAACUUAAACAUAUAGCUUGCCAACUUUGAGAAAGAAUUUUAAUAAUCUCUCUUUUAAUUACCUCUUGAAUUAAAGAAAUAAACUUAAAGAAUUAAUUUAGUAUAGAAAUAAGAAACAUUAAGAGAUGCUAAUUAUACAGAAAAUUAUUAAAAUUGA